GGCGUGUCUAUUCGGUGACGUCACAGCUGCACGCAAUGUCUGUUACAUCAUUGAUGGCAAGCCGGCCUAUUUCCUCUUGACGUGCAAUUUGCGACCCCAGAAACUUCGAAAGCUGAAAAAGUAUUCGACUAUUUCACUCCAGUAGCGUUACGCUUUACAGUCAAAAUGUCGGCCUACGAGGAGAACGAGUCUAAAUUGAUGAGAAAAGCCAAAGAGAAUCCUUUUGUUCCUGUGGGACUGGCUGGCUUCUUCGCCAUUGUUGGUUACAAACUGUGGAAAAUGAAAAGCCGCGGAGACACGAAGAUGUCAGUGCACUUGAUCCACAUGCGUGUGGCCGCCCAAGGCUUUGUGGUGGGGGCCAUGACUAUUGGUGUCAUGUUUUCUAUGUACAAGGAUUACUUUGCAAAGCCAAAAGAAACUGAGAAGGAGGCACAAUCCAAAUGAACAUUGAUUUCCUUAAGUCUAAUGUUGCUUAGUAUUACCUUACAUUAUAAUUUGUACAAGGUUUCUAUUUACAGGAGGACCGCACAGUUGAUAUGCUUAUUCUUUUGAGCACUGUACCUCAGCUGUAAAAUACCUUCUCUCCAUGUCACCUUUUCUGCACAUUUGCAGUUAUUAGUUUUUUUUUUAAUUAGGGGCAUUUCGUAUUGUGUGGAAGUAAUGUAACUAUAUGAAUUAUAUUUAUAAAAUUCAACAUUGCGUGUGUGAGCUACAUUAGAAUUAUAUUUUAAAAGACUGACUACUUUUACGUCCCUUGAUUGACUGUCUUGUCCAAUCUGUCAUCCUCAAUGUAAGAAUUUUUGCCAAAUCAAAGCCACUCUCACCUUAGCCCCCCUUGGGCUUCCAUUAUACGGUAUUUAUUUAAACCAACCAAAACAUACUGUCUCAUUGUCCAUCCAUUCAUUUUCUACCGCUUGUCCCUUUUGGGGCUCCAGGGGGUGCUGGAGCUAAUCUCAUAGUGUUUUAUCUAAUUGUUUUAUUUAAGUACAUUUAUUCAGACAUCAAAUCUUAUUCACUGGUCUUGACUGUAAAGGGUGAGUUCUUAAAACAUGUAUUCAUUGACAUGUGUCCAAGGUAAUCCUGAUGAGCAAACCGAUUGGUACCAUACAGUUGAAUAAUAGUGUUUUUCAACCACUGUGCCGUGGCACACUAGUGUACCGUGAGAUAUUGUUUGGUGUGCCGUGGGAGAUUAUCUAAUUUCAUAUUUUUAGCAAACCAGGAAUUAUAAACCGCAAAUGUGCCGUUGUUGAGUGUCUGUGCUGUUUAGAGCCCGGCAGAGUAAUCAUGUUAUACUCUUCCAUGUCAGUAGGUGGCAGCAGGAAGCUAAUUGCUUUGUAGAUGUCAGAAACAGCAGGAGGCAGGGUGCAGGUAAAAAAGGUUUCUAACGCUUAAACCAACAAACAAAAGGCGAGUGCUGCUAAGAAAAGGCAUUGAAGCUUAGGGAUGGAUAUGCAAAACGAAGCUAAAACUCAACUGGAUGCAAAGUAAACAAAAACAGAAUGCUGGACGACAGCAAAUACUUACAGCGUGUGGAGCAGACGUCGUCCACAAAUUCCAUCCGUACGUGCCAUGACAAUCAAUACCAAAAUUACACAGAGGAAAACACCAAAAAUCUCAAGACAAUACACCUAAUUUGAGACAAGCUAUAUUGAUGCAUGGGUUUUUAUGGUUUGAAUUCAUAUCCAACAACUGCGAGAACAACUUUUUACUGUCAAUAUCGGCUGAUGAGUUUCAUUUUUUUUUUUUUUUCUGCUGGUGGUGGGCCUCGGGAUUUUUUUCAAUGAAAAAAAUGUGCCUUGGCUCAGAAAAGGUUGAAAAACACUGGAAUAAUACACUGUAACUAUAGACUACUAGAUAACCACUUGUUAAAAUGGCACAGCCAACCUUGUGAUACACAUACAAUGCCUUAUGAGUAACAGCUGAUUCAAUAAUUAUUUUAAUAAAGUGUGAGUAUUUCUUA